CUGAUCGAGUGCUCCCUGCCCCACAGCCUGUAUCUGAUCGUCAUACAGAGGUUUCCCCCCCUGCUGCAUGCGUAACAUCUCUCCAGGUCCAGCCGUGGUGCUCACCAAGACCUCGCCGCUUGGAUCUCAUCUUCCUACACGGAAUACGCACGACUCACGCAGCGAACCGCUGAGGCGAAAUUAAAACGCAAGGAUUUACCUCCCCGGGUUCAGUCCAGACCGAAACGAGGCUGGGAUUUCCUCUUAUCAUUUGAUAUUUGAAAGAUCCUCUUUUUUUGUGUGCGUGUGUGUGUGUGCGUGUGUGUGUGUGUUGGGUGGAGUCAACCCGGAAUUCUCCAAAUUGGAAAACCAUUGGCACAUUUCAGGAGCACCAUGAAGGACGGUAUCGCCAACAACAGCACAGCCAGCAUCUCCCACGCCAGGAAAGCUGUGGAGCAGCUGAAGAUGGAGGCCUGCAUGGAUAGGAUAAAGGUGUCCAAAGCAGCUGCAGACCUGAUGGCGUACUGCGACGCCCACAUACGCGAGGACCCCCUCAUCAUGCCCGUCCCCGCCUCCGAGAACCCUUUCCGGGAGAAGAAGUUCUUCUGCACCAUCCUCUGAUGACCUGCCGGUAGAGCUGUACGGCUGCAGGCAUGGCGUUGCCUGGCUUCUCUGUCUUCACCACACCUGAAGCUACUGGCCAUAGGCGUUGAGUUGAGUUUUGCCAGGUGGACACUCUGUUGUUGGUCAGCUCUGUCCUGGUGGCUAAAGGUUUUGGGGGAGUCAGCUACCAAACUGGCAACCCAGUGAGCGUAUCAUGUCUUGUUAAAUAGGUUCGUUAUUGCUUUGUUAUUAGAGAACAGCCUUGCUCAGUGCUUAAUGAGAUGAGAGAUGUUUUUUCUUCUUUUUUUUUCUUAAAUUGUGCUAGAUCUUAACAUGCCUCAGGAAACAGAAAUUUGCCCAGUGUCUAUGACUUUUUUAAACAGUUAUUUCCCUUCCCUUUAUCUGAAUAAAAGAGCGUUCAUCUUUGUAUUAUCUGGAACAUAAUUUAAGUUAGUUUUUUCACUUCCUUUCAGUGAACAGGUCUGACUAUUUGUAGCACCACUUACCGAAAGUACUACUGAAAUUUGACACUUCCCUUAUUAGUGGCUUCUCUUUUAAUUUUCCUCCGGAGUCACCAAUGAACCUGCUCGUGUCAGUCCAGAAGUAUCUGUUCCCACGGACUCAGAUUAGAGCGUGGGAACAGAAACGUUAUCUCAUAUAGUAAAUUAUUUCAGUUUGUGCAAAAUGCAUUCGUAAUAUGAAGGAGGUGGCUACACAUCGGCUCUGCUGCAAAUAAAUAAACAGAGUAUUUAUUGAAAGGUGUGGAGCUAACGUUUCAACAGCUAGAUGAGUUCUUCAGAGUUAUCACUGUGCAAACAACUCUUAAGUCAAAAAUAAUUUAUGAAUCUGCCACCUCCUUCCCAGGCCCGCUCUAAUGCAUUCUACCUUUACUGCGCUGUUUGAUUUACUCUUCAUAUAGGCUACUUCAAAUCAGAGAAACUAUCACUUAAUCCUGCAGCCCCCCCUCCCGACUGGAUCUUCUCCUCUCAUGUCCUUAAUGGACUCAUUUGUUUUCUGGGCAUGUUUCCUGAGCCUGAUUCUUUUUGCCUGUCCUAGAGUGAAUGGCAAGGCCUUUGACAUUAAUGCCAAACCAAAGGCCUGCAUGUUUCUCUGCUCCUUUUUGACAGCCUCCUCUGUUUCUGAGGGCCUGCCAGUCUUUUAGAGUGUACAGUAUGUUACAGUGCCAAUUUCUGUGAGAGCAGUGUGAUCUUCGCACUGCGGUCCCGCAGCCUUUUUUUCCCUGUUUUGUUUGUUUUGGAAUAAAAAGCACACUGUCGAAACAUUUCCUUUACAUGGUAGUUGAAUAGCAUUUGCUAAUUUUUAUGAUGAAUUGUUAUGAUCGUUAUUAAUAUUGUUAUUAUCAGUAGUAUUAUUGAAUAUUUGUUGCACAGCACUGACAGCUAAAUGACGUGUAGUGCUACUAAGCUUGUAUGAUACUUAGGAAAAAACAUUUAUAAAUCAUGCAAUUAUUGAUACUAUCUGAGUAUUUUUUAAAAAUAAUGGUAAGGGUCGUUUACAUAACAUGAUGCCUUUGGUGGUUCAGGCUUUUUGCAUCAUCGUUUCUGUAAAUUUAAAAGACAUGUCCUCUUGGUACUUGAACAGCCAUCGCAUUAGGAGUCAAACUGAUACUGGACUGUCACAAACACAAACUAUUAGACUCAAAUUGUUUUCAGGAUCAUUAUUGUCUUUUUUUCCUAAUCUAAAAAACCUGAGACUGACCUCAGGGUGCUCCCAAUGACCUCAUGUUAAGGAUGGUGCCAAAUCUGGAACAAGAAAUAUAACGGCUAGAAAUGAAUAUUGCAUGGAUUUAUUUCUAUCUAAAACGGAGAGAACUAUUACGAUAUGAAAUAUUGCCUCUUCAUUGACUUUCUGGGUGCUACUCUGCACAUAAUUGGAGUCCGGAUAUGUCGACAAUGUGCAGCUGUAUUCAUGAAUGGUAUUAUCGUUUUGGUAAAAAUAAAUAAAUAAAUAAGCAUUUAAAUAGCAGGCUUUGUAAAUCCUUUGAUGGAUCAAAUGAAUUAAAGGAAAACGGCAACCCAAA